AUGACCACGACGGCCAAGGACAAACGCAUUGCCAGCAGACUCGAAUGCCUUCCCUCGGAACUCAUCGAGCCUAUCCUGGCCAACCUGACAUUCCGAAAUAUCAUUGCACUGUCGAUAUGUGCCGAAGACAACUGCCAACGGGCCAACGCUCUCGUCAUCAGCCCAGCAUGGAAGGACAUCUGGCCUGUGUAUGUGGCUCGGAAAUCCGAGUUUCAGACAAUCAUGUCUAAUAGUACCCUUGGGCGGCGGGAGCUGGCAUGA